AUGCUAUCUUGGCCCACUGGUCCUUGUUGCAUUGCUUGGCCAACACAGCCGCCAUUUACGCAGGAACCUCUGAACGAGGGCUUGGUGGAGAGUCUUCAGCCCAAGGAGAAGCGGAAGGGCAGAGGCAAAGGAAAGCUCGCUCCGAAUGCAGAGCACUGUCAGAUGCCCAUCGAUCCGCAGGUCGAGGCGCUGUGCCAGACCUUCAAUAUCGAGGAUCGUAUCAUGCGGAGACUGAACGAUGUGAUGCUGACGCGAGAAGGAUCCUUCGACUCUGACAUGAAAGCGCUGUGGGAGGUUUGUGAAAACGCCCAGAAGCCAUCUGGCUUUCUGAUGGUCAAGAUAGGGGAGCUGGAGAGAGGUUGUUUCACUGGAGCAGGGAAGCUGGAUCAGGCCAUGCUCCAGUUCAGAAACAGAUGGAGAUUAGACGACAGGGCUUUGGCCAAGUUCGUUGAGGUGGUCCAUCCUCGGGAUCAGAAGACAGAGGACAUGGCGCAACUCGAUAGACUGCUAAAGGGUGCCCAGAACCCUUCGCAGGCAAUCAUGCCGGGCACCCGACGAACCAGAGAACGCCUACAUAAAAUGUUGUCAGCACUAUGUUAA